AAGCCUUAUCUUCAAUUUAAGGCAUCCGCAGUAACACAUUCAUUCUUAUUCUAGCACCUCUCCGGAACGUAACUGGUGGAAGAUGCUGCAAAAUAAUAUACAAAUAUUUAUUUGGUGUUUAUCUCUGGUUUCAACUACUUUUGCCAUCGAGUGUCUUCCAUAUCCGGUUGCUUCAGUGUGUAAAAUUGAAUACGUAUCCUACAAUCCUGGUGAUGGCAUCACUUUUCCCAAAGGCUAUCAGCAAUUCAUCAUCAAAUCAUCAGUGUCCACGAAGAAGGGCUACUCCAAAGUAGCCACAAUGGAUCCGGACUUGUACGAAGCUAUGCAUCGCCCCUCGAGCAUCGAGAUGAUCGGUGUUGCUCUCAGGACGAUCGCCUUGCCUUCCGAACUUCUGCUAGGGGAUUUCACCGGGAACUGGAUUGCUUCAGUGGAUACAUCAAGCGCAGAAAAUUAUAAAAUUACCUAUCUUGAUCUGUCGUCCAACACGUUAGACGACAUGCAUUUCGUCAAACGUUUGGUUAACUUGGAAUUCUUGAGUUUGAGGACCAAUCGUAUCAAAACUAUCCCAGCUCUAGUGCUGAAUACGCUGACGAAACUUAAAUAUUUGUAUCUGCAGUACAACCAUUUUACGACGAUUCCUUGGAAUGACAUACCCAGCAGUUUGAUACACUUGGAUUGCUCUCACAGUGUUGUUAGAUCGGUUGAGUUUGCCAACAUUAGUCUACCAUCGUUGGAAUACCUGAACCUUCAGUACAACUUUAUUCCGUCGAUCAACGUAUCCGACCUAAUACAGGCUACUCCCCAACUCAAGGAAGCCCAUCUCUUCAACGUCGACAUCGACUGGCCCCGAAUGGGUGAGAUUAUGUCCGAGCUGGCUUCCAAAAAUAUCAGCUAUAGUAAUUAUUACGAUGGAUGCCCGUUUGAUGGGAACUAUACGAUAAAGCUAGGGAGAUGCUAUCGGCGGCGUCGCCAGAAACCACCGGCAGACGUUGGAAUUGACAAGAAGGCAGUAAUGGUGUCGAUCGUAGCCGUCGGAAGUGGGGUGUUGUUUGUUUACAUUAUGUUGAUCGCAUGCAGACGCAUGAAGCAACUAAGGUGGUUCUGACGAAGACAAUAAUGUUUAUCUUUCGGCACUAUUGAGAUCAAAAAUUGGUGUUUUUUGGUAUUUGCAUGAGAGCAGAAAAAGACAAUACAUGUGAUUAUUGCA